CUACUAUGUUCACAAAAUCGAAAAAAACUUCCAAGGGGCAACUGGGUAUAGAGGAGCUGCUUAUGAACCAUGUCCGUUCGACCACCAUCUACCCAGAGGGCUUGUCCAGAUGGAGGCUGGGGCUGGGUUGUGGUCUUCAGCUCCUUCAUCACCAUUGGCUUCUCCUUUGCUAUGCCCAAAGCCAUCACAGUGUUCUUCAAGGACAUUCAGGACUACUACUCAGUCUCCUCCAGUGAUAUAGCCUGGAUAUCCUCCAUCAUGCUAUCGUCUAUGUAUGCUGGUGGACCUAUUAGCAGCAUGCUGGUCAACCGUUUUGGAAGCCGCCCAGUGGUUAUGGUCGGCGGCUUGAUGUGUAGUGUUGCCAUGAUAACUGCUUCUUUUGCCGACUCUAUUACACAUUUGUACAUAUGCAUAGGAGUGAUCGGAGGUUUUGGACUGUCCUUUAACCUCCAACCCUCACUGACCAUCAUUGGGAAGUACUUUGUGGUCAAAAGACCUAUAGCCAAUGGGGUGGCCAUGACCGGAAGUCCAGUAUUCCUCAGCAUCCUGGCCCCCUUCAAUCGGUUCCUGUUUGACCACUUUGGUUGGAGGGGGAGUUUCCUCAUUCUUGGGGCUCUGAUGUUGAACUGCUGUGUAGCUGGGGCCCUCAUGAGGCCCCUGGGUGACCCGCGACCAAGGUGCCUUACCACACAGCCCGAUGGCAUCCCAGCCGGAGCAGCCCAGUACCAGAAGCAGACAGAGGCUGUUGUGAUGGGACAGAGCACCACACAGCUGAAGGGAGGCUUCGUGAGGAGUGUUAACAAAGCCCUAGACCUUUCCCUCUUUAAACACAAGGGCUUCCUCAUCUACAUUGUGCCCAAUGUAUUUUUGUUCCUGGGGCUCUACGCCCCUGUGGUGUUCCUGGCACAGGCUGCUAGGAGCAAGUAUGCAGAUGAAUACUCCUCCGCCUUCCUCCUCACCAUCAUGGGAUUUGUGGACAUGUUUGUUCGCCCAGGGACCGGGUUCAUAGCCAACACUAAGUUUGUCAGGCCAAGGAUCCACUAUUUCUUCAGCUUUGCUAUCGUCUUGAAUGGUCUGUGUCACCUGCUCUACCCCCUGGCUCGUGGGUACUGGGGCCUGGUGGUCUACACUGUGUUCUUUGCCGUAGCGUUUGGCAUGCUGUUUGCUCUUGUUUUUGAGUGCCUGAUGGAGAUGGUAGGACCCCGGCGCUUCUCCAGUGCGGUGGGACUGGUUACCAUCAUAGAGAGCUGCCCAAUGCUGCUGGGGCCACCGUUAGGAGGAGCCCUAGUGGACAUCACAGGUGACUACCAGUACCUGUACCUGACCUGUGGGGCCAUCAAUCUGACUGCAGGUGUUUUGUACUUCAUCUUGAACAUCUACUACUACAGGGUCCUGGAGAGGGAGCAGGGCCAGGGGCAGGUCCGAGAUGAACAGUCCCAGGAGAAGGGCCUCAUGCUGGGGGUGCAGCAGAGAGGUCAGCCCUUAGCAUCUGAAUCAGGACAAGUAGUAGUGGAACAGAUUCAGGCCUUUGAGGAGACCAAAGAGGAGGAAAUCAAAAUAAAACAAAAAGCAGAUGAGUCUAAGUACAUUAACAUUUAGUCAUU